ACCCCAAAUUAUACACAAAGAAUUAAUUAAUUAAAUAAAAAAAAAAGAUUGCAGAGAGCUCUCUUCUGUUCUGUCUAUCUCUCUUUCUCUCUGUAGAGAGACCAAACCAAAGAGCGCGAAUCGAACCGACAGAUAUAUAUAUAUUUAUUUAUUUUCAUUCAUACCCCUUCCCUCUCUCACCCUUGCUUCCUUCUUCUUCUUCUUUUUCUUCUUCUUCUUCUGCUAUACUCUAACUAACUAAAUUUUCGAUUGGAAAAGAAAAGAUCGCUGACUCGAUUCAACUAAAUUGGUUUAGGGUUUUUUUUUUGGGUGAGACAGAGCGUGCGUGCUUGAUGGGUUCUUCUACACGUGGUGACGCAGAAGAAGUAGAAGACGAUGAGCGCUUCUUUGAUGCCCCUCAAGACUACGAAGAACAUGACUCCUCUGCUGCUUUUCAUCUCUGGACCACUACUCCCGAUAGUGUUUCUAACCGACGCCGUAAGUUUCUCCAUUCCAUGGGCUUUAGUUUUAACAAGAAGACUUCACCAGACGACGACAACUCCCAAGAUGAUGAUGACCUUCAACCACCACCAUCCCAGUCUGAUUUCAAUGAGGUUGUGACAGACGUGGUGGAUUUGUUGGUCAGGAAUGAAUCUACUGCUUCCUCCUCUCUGUUCGACAUAUCCUUCUCUGUUUCCUCCUCAUCUCAGGAUACAGAUGAUCAGAUCUCGUUGGCCAGGAAUGAUUCCAGUUGUUCUAGUAUCCCACAAGGGUUGUUGAGUGAAUCCAGUUCUAGUAAAUCUGGUAGCUUUGGCGAUUUUCAUGACUCUCCAUCCACCAGAACAGAUGAUUUGCUCAAGAGAGGUGCCAAGUCUUGGUUAAAGAAGCUAGGUGUUCUGACUCAUGUUUUCGACUCUUUGGACUGUGAAUCGGUUAGAUCAUCACCGUUGCAUCAUGUUGCGCGAGUGCAUACACACAAAAAGCAGUUCAAGGAGCUCUCAUCUCUCUGUGUUGACCAAGAUUUCUCGGCGCAUGAUGGUUCCAUCUUAGCCAUGAAGUUUUCUCCUGAUGGGAAAUACAUUGCUAGCGCUGGUGAAGACUGUGUUGUCCGAGUUUGGAGUAUAUCCGAACAAGAUAGAACAGACAACAAGUAUCAAGUAGCCGAGGUUGAUUCUGGUGUCUACUUUGCCAUGAACCAACAACACUCUCAAAUUGAGCCCUUGAAGAUCAAUAACGACAAAACUGAAAAGAAGACAACUACAAGUUUUUUGAGGAAGUCAUUGGACUCAACUUGCGUUGUGUUACCUCCUACUGUCUUCACUAUAUCGGAGACGCCUCUGCAUGAGUUCAGAGGUCAUCUAGGUGAGAUCUUAGAUCUUUCCUGGUCGGACAAAGGGUAUCUCCUGUCAUCUUCUGUGGACGAGACUGUUCGUUUGUGGAGAAUAGGUUCUGAUGAAUGUCUCAGCACAUUCACUCAUAACAAUUUUGUGACUUGUGUGGCAUUCAACCCUCUGGAUGACAAUUACUUCAUAAGUGGAUCGAUUGAUGGGAAAGUUCGAAUAUGGGAUGUGUCUCGUUGUCGGGUUGUUGACUACACAGAUAUAAGAGACAUUGUAACAGCUGUGUGCUACCGUCCAGAUGCAAAGGGUGCAGUAAUAGGUUCCAUGACAGGGAACUGUCGCUUUUACCAUAUAUUCGAUAAUCAGCUGGAAAUGGACAAAGAGAUCAACAUACAUGGGAAGAAGAAGGUUGCAAGCAAAAGGAUAACUGGUCUUCAGUUUCUUCCCAGUGACUCGGAAAAAGUGAUGGUUACUUCUGCUGAUUCACAGAUUCGUAUCUUAUGCGGAGAGGAUGUUAUCUGUAAGCUUAAAGCUUCUAGCCUUCGCACAACAUCUGCUUCAUUCAUUCCAGACGGGAAACAUAUCGUCUCAACAUCAGAGGAUUCAUGCAUACAUGUCUGGAACUACUCUCAAUUACCCAGCAAGAAGCCUUCUUCAGGGACAAAAAGGACUCGGUCUUACGAGGGCUUCCUCUCACACAAUGUGUCUGUGGCUAUACCUUGGCUUAGACAAGGACACAGGGAUGAACUGUCCGAGUGUAUCAUAGAUUUGGACAGGAAGCUACCGAAAGUGGACUGUUUCUCUCCGAUGAAAGGGUCAACAACGUGGCCUGAAGAGAAGCUGGAAGAUGCUGCAAUGAGCAACAGAGGGAAGCUGAAGCUUCUGAGGAGUGCAUGGCAACCUCACCUGUGGGGGCUUGUGUUUGUGACAGCCACCUGGGAUGGAAGAAUCAGAGUAUUUAACAACUAUGGUUUGCCAAUUCGGGUCUAAAAGACGCACAAGUUAUUUAGAUAGGAUUCUUUUAUUUGUUGUUACUUAGAAUGGUAAUUAGAAGUACGGUGUGAUUACGCAAUAGAAGAUUAUGUCUUGUUGUGCCCUAGGCCACAAAGAGUGUUAUUACUGUUGUUCCAAAAAUAUUACAAUUGUAACUACAGAUCUUCAGUCUCUUUAUGGAAAAUUAUUUUACCAUUA